AUGAUUAGAAUUUAUCCUUAUCCUUUCAGUAAGCAUGUUAAAUCAUUGCCAGAUCCCCCACCAGCUAAACCAAGAGAAAUAAAGCAUUUUGAAUGCAAAAAGUAUGAAAACAAUUACAGUUGGUUACUUGAGGCAAAAAGUAAUCUGAAAAAAUGUUUUCAUUUGUGCAAUUUCUGCUCAAAAAGAUUUAAUUAUAUGAGAUGUGUAGUUAAAAAUUCAAAUAUGCAUUAUGAAUACAACUUAAACAACAAAAUCUUAAAAAAUAAACUGAAAGAAGAUGCACAACUUAGAGAAGAUAUUUAUGAUAUCAAUUUACACGACAAUAAUAAAACAUAUGAUGUAAAAAAUAAUAUUCUCAAGAUAAACAGUAAUAAAUUAAGAAAUAAUACGUACAGUAAUGAAAGCUUUGAAAACAUAAAAACAAUUAAAAAUAGUAGUAUAAUAUUUAGUAACUCUUUAAAUCAUAAUAAAAAUGAAUCUUUAUCAUUUAAUGAUGAUGUGUAUAUAUUUGUAGAUGAUUAUUCCAAAGAAAAAUCAAAAGAUUGUAAAAGAGACGAAGAAAGUUGUAUUAAUAAAAAUUCAGAAGAUAUGAACAUUUUAAAACAUGACAUUAUAUUAUCGAAAUAUAAACCAGAAAAUAUGAUAAUACAUAUAAAAAGACAUUUUCGAAAUAACAUUUCAUAUUUUGCUUGUGAACAUCUUAAAUCCAAUGAUUUAUAUAAUUUGAAUGAUGAAAAUAAUAAUUAUGAUAAUAUCAACAUUUACAUGUAUGAUAAUGACAGGGAAGAUUUUAUGAGUGAUUGCAUAAUUAAUUUGAAUGAUGAAAAUGAAUUAUAUAGCAUAUCACAGUCAUGUGUUAUAAAUGGAGUAGAUAAAAAUAGAAAAGAAUCACAAAAAGAACAAAACAAUACAAAAAAUAUAUAUAAUACCAAAUUUAGAAAUAGUUUUUCUUUAAGAAAAAAUAAAUUAAAGGAGAAAAAUUUAGAGAAUAAUAUUAAUCAUAUUACACAGAUUAAUGAAAAUUGCAAACUUCUGAACACGUCUAGUUCACUUAAUAAUAAAGGAUUUGACAUUUUAAGCCAUGUUAAAGAAAGAACAAAAAUGAAUGACAUAAUUUUACAUAUUAAUGAAGAUAAGAAAAACUCAAAAAAUGUAUAUAGUUUCUUUCAAAACGAUAAAAAAAAUAACAAAUUAAUGUGCGAUUCUAUCUCUAAAGAUAUGUAUUUUAAAAAUUUUAAGAAUUCCCAUAAAAACUCAAAAAAUUACUUGGAAAUUAUCUUUGAUAAUAAGGUAAAUGAAAACAUGGAUUUUAAUGAUAAGAAUAAGUUACAUCCUUUGCAUAAAAUUGAUGGUGACGCUGAAGAAAAUGUAAUUCCUUUAUACAAAAAGGAUUUCCAUUUUAAUAAUCUCUUAAAAGAGAAAAAAAGAAAUGAAAAUUGUGAAAGUGACAAUAUAAACAUCAUAAUUACUAAUGAUUAUGUUGAUGGUAAUAAGAACGAUGGAAUUACGAAAAAUUUCAAUUCUUGUGAUGAUAAUUAUGAAAAUAGGGUUAGUAAAAAUUAUAGUAAUGAGAAACACUUAUCAAAAUAUAAUGUUAAGAAAGAAAAUAAAUCUAUAAAUUUAAACAAAGAAAUGAGUUCACGAAGGUUAAUAGACGAACUAAAUGGAAGAUUAAUAGAGAGAAAAAAUUUCUAUCUUGAAAAUAAUGAAGGAACAAAUAAAAAUAUAUCAUGUAUAUUAAUACAGAAGGAAAAAGAAAAAAGAGUUGUUAAUGAAUCUACAGGAGACUUCAUUAACAAUAAAAAUCACUUUAAAGAUGUGCUUAAAAAUAAUCUUGCUUCUAUAAAGAAAAGUAUGAAUUUAUUAAAUGUAUAUAAAAAAAGUAUGAAAAAAACGAAAACAAUUAAUAAUGUUAAUAUCGAUGAAUUCAAAAACAAGCUUAUAAAUGAUAUGACUUCAGUUUCAAAUAUACAAAAAAAUAAGAUUCAAAAAUCAGCUGCAUUAGAUGAUGAAACUAAGAAAAGAAAAGAAAAUGGAAAAAUAAAAAAUUAUUAUGACAAAGAACUUAAAAAAAAAUUUUUCUAUACAGAUGUUGAUUAUUUUAAAGCGGGUGUUAAUUUUAUUAAUAAUAAAGGCAGUGAAAUUGAUACAAAAAAAGGGAAUCUUAAAGAAGUACAUGAAGAAACUAAUGACAAUACAUGUGCACAAAAUUAUAAUAUAGAAAUAAAAUCUUUAACUAUCGAUGAAAAACAAAAAAGUAAUAACAUAAAAUUAUUAAAACAAAUAAAAAGGAAUAAUUAUAUGGAAGAAAAUGUAAUGGAUGAAAAUAAAAUUAAAAGUGAUUAUUCACAUUUUGGACAAGUUGAACAAGUUUAUGAAAAAAAAAAUAUUAACAAUAUUGUUUAUGAUCAAAUAUUAGACAUAAACAAAGACAAAAAAUAUAAAGAAGUUAAAAAUAAAGAAGAAACUAUUUUCAAUGAUAAUUUAAAAAAUAAAUAUUUUAAUAAUAAAAAUUCAUUGAAUUUAAAAUGUAUUCAUAAAAAAGAUACAAAUGAAAUUUCCCUAAAAAAAGAGGAUAACAUUAUGAAAACUUUAAAUGAAAUAGGAAAUGAUGAUGGCAACAAAAAAUGUAUAAAUAAAAGUUAUAACAGCUAUUCUGAUAAUAAGAUUAAUGAUAAUAUUGGUAGUGAUAAGAAUAAUAAUGGUAAAAGUAGUACUCUACAAAAUAAUAUCUUUAAUUCUUUUAUUAAAAAUUGUGAAUGUGGAACAAGAAACUGUGAAAAUUACCAAAUCAAAAGUGAAUUAACAGAAAUUAACUAUAGUAAUAUUAAGAAAUAUAAUGAUGAUUUUAGGAGAGAAAAUAUACAUAUUUCUAAAAAAGACGAAAGUGAUUCUAUAAACAGUUGGAGUGAUAAUACAUCCAUAUCUGUCAGUAAAACAACAUUUUCUAAUGAAUUAAAUCUAAAUAAUAAUAAAGAUUAUUUAUUUAGAAAAAAUAAAUUAGAUAUUCAUUAUUUAAAUAAUAAAAUACAUUUUAACCAAAAUAAGGAUGAAAAUAUUAAAUAUAAUAACGUAAUUGACAGAUCAAAAAAAGCAGAUAAACAACAAAACAAAGAAAAUGAAGUAAAUAAAAUUGAAUAUGAUGAAAAAUUAAAUAAAAAUAUGAAAAAUAAAUUAGGAAGCAUUUUAAGUAUGUAUACUAAUCCUAGUAAAAUAAAUAUUCAUAAUAAAAUAUAUACAUCCGAUAUAGAAAAAAAUAAUUUGGAUAAUAAAAAGGUAAUUUAUAUUAAUAAUAAUUAUUUUUUUAAUGUAGAUAAAGAUAACUAUUUUGAAAAUGGUAGUGGAAAAUUUCCAGAAAAUUCAAUGAAAUGUAAUUUUAAAAAGUUUGAUUUGCAAUUUUGUAAAAAUAAUAAUGAUUUUUAUAGUUUUAAGUAUAUGAGCAAUGUUUUAUCAAGUAGCUGUAGUUUGUCAAAAGAAUAUAUUUUUAGUGAGAGCUAUGAAUCUAAUAUUUUAGAGGAAAAAUUUCAUAAAUUAAAUGAUUUAAGAAAUAAAUAUUUAUUAAAAAAAUGUUUAACUAAAGUUUUGGAUAAAAAAAAAAUUCAAUCUAUAAAUAGUACAAAUAAGAAAAUAUCAAGUAUGAAUCAAAGAAAAUUGAAGUGUAAUAUGAGAAAAAAUACAUAUGACAAAAAUUUGAAAAAUGAUAAUAAAUUUAACUUAAUAAAAAAAUUUAAUGAUGCUUUAAAUAUUAAACAAAAAAUUGAGAGAAAUUUUAAAAUUAGUAAAGAGGAUACUAAUUUAUAUGAAGCACCUAAAUCACCAAAAAAACAAGAUAAAAUACCUAAACCAUUAGCUAGUCAAUUGGAAAUUAAUUCAUUGUCGUAUUUAAAAAAAACACCAUCAUAUCCAUUUGAAGAAUUUAAUUUCUAA